CCGCUGGAUGGCAGCCGCGCCCCGAACCCUUUCUUGUGUGCCGGAAAUGAAACAGACGAAGCGCAGCUUAGCGUCGCUGUCUGACGGCGUAGGCUCCUCAUUGACCGUGAGCUGUCUGACAUGUUGGAAGGAGAGAAAGCAUUCUAGUGACACAAUGAUGAAUUUAGCCGCAUUAAUACACAGCCUCAGGUGCUCUCUGCGGCACAUUGAAAGCAGACUUCUCCAGACGGCCGGACUAGAAGCGCACCUGGCUCCGGGGCUGGCUGCCGUGAACGGGCCCGGCCUCCUACCUCAGCUCAACCAGGAGCACCAGCCGGAGGAGCAGGAGAGCCCAGAGCAGCCCCCUGGCUUUCUGGACGGCAUCCUGUGGAUGGCAGCACCCAAGAAGAGGCGCACAAUCGAGGUCAACCGCACCAGGAGGAGAGCUGAGAGCAAACUUAUAAAAGUCAAGAACAACAUUGAGCCGUGUCCAGAGUGCGGCCACCUGAAGCAGAAACACGUCCUUUGUGGCUUCUGUUACGUUAAGGUGUGCAGGGAGACCGCUGUGAUUCGUCAGCAGAUUAAAGCCAUGGAAGGAGGCCCGCUGAAGGCCCCGACUGUGGAGACUGUCAUCCUGUAUGAGGGGGAAACGGCAAAAGAGCAGGACAAAGACAAGAGGAUAGUGGAGAGGCCCAGGAAGAGGCCUGCGUGGUUCAGCUAUUGAUGCUGCGUGUGACACAUACCGUGAUAAACAGCAUAUUUCAGGCCGUCUUUGGGUCAGUUCUCCCUUUGGAGUUGAUGAUAUCACACUUAAAUUUUUGUAACUGUUAAAGCCAAGUCCGUCGGAUGAUGGUCAUAAAUUUACUGCAUAAUACUUGAUGUUUUGACAAUAAAUUCCUUAUUUGAAAACAUCCACUUUAGUCUUUUGGUUGAAGGUGAAUGACAAAUUCUGCUUCGUGACACAGGAAGAAACAUCAAAACUGUUUAUGAAAUGUUCUCCAAUCCUCGGAGCACUGUGAGGAUGCUACUGAUUCUUUAAAGAAAAGGUACAUCUCCAAUGUUUUUCACCCUCUGCCUAAACUCAGUUGUGUGCUCUCACCCCUAAGGAGGGUGAAAACUUAAAAAUAGACACAUGCAAGCACAAUUAUUAGUGGCGAGAGAGGUGCUUUCGCUGAUGUUUUUAAACCCUGACACAUUUAAAGCCAAAUAAUGACUGUCAUGCUGUAAUGCUCAUCAGAGUUGCUGAUUAAACUGGCUGCAGAAUGGUGUGUGGUAGAAAACUACUCACUUCUUAACAGGAUUAGAUACUUGUGUGUACAAACAAACAAGCAACACAGCCUCAGCCACAACUUCUUUUAAUCAGGAUUCGGCAUUAAACCAAAGUCAUGUAAUAGUAUCUCGUGUGUCGCUUGAGUGGACUAUUUUUGCUGGGAUGAGUCCAGCAUGCCUUCCACUGCCUCAGUCACGCCAUCAAACACCCUCUGAUUCAGCUGCCCCCCCUCACAGUUUCAUAAAGCUGGAUUUGCCAGCAUUCCCAAAGCUGAACAGUGUUGUGAGGUCAGAUGAAUUGAAAUUUAAAAUUCUUUCUGGAAAAUGUGAAGGCCAGAAGAGAAGAAGGCCAUCUGGGUUGUUAUCAGUGCUCAGUUCAAAAGCCUGCUUCUCUCGUGGUACAAGGGUGCAUUAGUGCCCAUGGAAUUGGCAGCUUGCACAUUGGCUGGAAAGGCACCACGAGUCCUGAAAGGUAUAUACUGAUUUUAGAGCAGCAUACUGUAUGCUCCAUCCAGAUGAAGUGUUUUUCAGGGAAAGCCUUGCAUAUUUCAGCAAGGCAAUGCUAAACCACAUACUGCAGCUAUUACAACAGCACGGCUUUGUAGUAGAAGAGUCCGAGUGAUGAACUGGCCUGCCUGCAGUCCAGACCUUUCACCAACUAAGAAUAUUUGACACAUCAUGAAAUAUGACAAAGACAUUGUCAUGUUAUGAGUGUUGAGCGGCUAGAAUCCUCUAUCAGACAAAAAUGGGACAACAUUCCUCUCCCAAAGGUCCAGCAGCCCUCUCCUCAGUUCCCAGAUGUUUACAGACCGUUGUUAA